AUGAUGCAUCAUCAUGCUAUUCUGCUUGUGAAAUACCUUUGCGAGGAAACUAUAAAGUUGGACCAUGUGCUAGCUUCUUCAAUACUUAAAAAGCCACUACAUAUUGCAGCGGCUAAUGGGGCUCAUGAAGUCGUGGAAGAGAUUUUGUAUUCAUUUCCUAGUGCGGCUUACUUUCUAAACAAGCAAAAGCAAUUAUUUCUACAUAUUGCAAUUGCGAAUCGUCGUGAGAGAGUUUUCAAUCUCAUAUAUCAAUUUGAGGACCUUGGCCACCAGUUUCUACGAGUGAUAGAUAUGUCGAGAAACAAUGGUCUACAUUUGGCUGGAUAUUUGGAAAGAAGUUCAGAAUUCAAUAUCAAAACUAGUGCAGUUGGUGCAGCUCUACAGAUGCAACGUGAAAUACAAUGGUUUAAG